CCUCUUCCCGCUCAGCCAAUCAGAUUCGAGCCGUCCGUCGGCUUUUGCUCCCGCGGGUCUGGGGGGGAGGGGAGGGAGAGGUUGUUAUGGCCAAGAUGGCGGCGGUGGCCGCGGCCCUGGCGCGGGAGGGUCGGGAAGACGCCUUCCGCCGCCUCUUUCGUUUCUACCGGCGGCGGGACCUGCGGGGCGGGCCUGACUUGCGGGGCGUAAUUGAUUUCUCCGCUGCGGGGGACCAGGUGGUCAGCUCUGACUUAAGCAUUUCUUCAGUCAGCGAUCAAGAUGCCUACAGAGCAGGACUGCGGCCAGUUAGCCAGUGGAAAGCCUAUGGCCUGGAUGGCUACCCAGGGUUUAUUUUCAUCUCAAACCCCUUUCUUCCGGGCUGCCAGCGGCAUUGGGUGAAGCAGUGUCUCAAGCUGUACCCCCAAAAACCCAAUGUGUGCAAUCUGGACAUGCACAUGGCUGCUGAGGAGACCAUUGAUCUGUGGGGGCAGAGCCAGGAGCACCUGAGGAGCAAAGGUUCCAGCAAACGGGAGCCCAGAAGUUUACUGGAGAAGCUGCGCUGGGUGACCUUAGGUUACCAUUAUAAUUGGGAUACCAAGAAGUACUCAGCAGAUCACUACACUCCUUUCCCUUCAGACCUUGCUUUUUUGUCAGAGCAAGUGGCUGCUGCGUGUGGGUUCCAGGGCUUCCAAGCUGAGGCAGGGAUCCUGAACUACUAUCACUUUGAUUCUUCGCUGGGAAUUCAUGUGGAUGAAUCUGAGCUGGACCAUUCUCAGCCUCUCUUAUCAUUCAGUUUUGGACAAUCCUCCAUAUUUUUGUUGGGGGGCCUGAAGCGUGAUGAAGCCCCGACAGCCAUGUUCAUGCACAGUGGGGACAUCAUGGUAAUGUCCGGGUUCAGCCGCCUGCUGUACCAUGCUGUCCCACGGGUCCUCCCCAACCCUGAGGGGACAGCUUUGCCUUUGUGCCUGGAGCAGGCAUUCCCCUCAGACUUUCCUGACUGCUCAGUCAUUGAGCACUGCUCUGAAGAGGACUGGCAGAUCUGUACCAAGUAUUUGCAGACUUCCCGCAUUAACAUGACCAUCAGACAGGUGCUGGCUGUAGGUCAGAGCUUUCCAGAUGAGUCCAGGAGAGAGAGAGAACGGGAUGCAACCUCUGAAAGCUGUUACCACCAGGAAGAUGGUGAAAUCAAGCGGCACAAACUGAAUACAGACAGCUGAGAUCUGGAGAACACUCUUGGGCCUUUGGCUUGGACUGGGCCGGUAACUCCCAGGUGGGGCAGAUGGUUCAGGUGACCACAUGGAGCCCCAUCCAGUUGUGGAGGGAAUAGGGGACUCCAGCAGAAUAGUUGUGAUCUUUAGUGGUAAGAUGGCGGUGGUGGGAACAAGAGGUGGGACUGAAGGGGAGGAAGGAUGCUCAUGUGGCCAAAGCAUAGGGCUGGGACUUGCUUCUGUUUCCAGCUUUGUCAUAAAAUUACUGUGUGACAUUGGGCAAAUAACUUCCUCUCUGGACCUUAGUUUCCCCAUCUGUAAAAUACCCCCAUCACAGGGAUUUUGAGGCUCAAUUCAUUAAAGCUUGCUAAAGCACUUUGAGAUUCUUGGAUAGGAGGUGCUAGCAAAGGGAAGGGUGUGGUUGUUCUUAUGUUAAAGUAAAUUAUUUGAUUUACAAAGCGCAGUUGAAGUGCACUGCUGAGCAAGCACAAGUUUGAAUGGCAACAUGUGUCUGAAUGAGCAUCUGCUUACAGCGCUUUUAAUAUGGGGCCAUAUCUGCAGCUCAUACUGACUCAGCUCUCAGAAGCCAGAGGCUACCCUAAACAUGCUCUGCAGAAGGCUUGCUGUAUUAGCUGGAGUCCUGCCCUCUGGCUGGCUGUUUACACCCCACAACCUGCAGCAGAGACUUCUCUCAUGAGUAGGACUGGGCUCUUUAAAUACCUCAGGUUUUAGAGCACAAUAAUUAGGGCCAGGCUUCCCUGGAAUACCUACUGAUUUCUGUUCAGGCCUCCUCCCCAUGCCCCUUGUGUGACUGAGCCCUAGACCCCAUUCUUCAGAAUCGAUCCCUCUAGUUGUCUGCAGAAUGUGGUCUCUGCAGUCCCUGCUUGGCUCCUUUAAGGAGCAGCAUGAGGAGAAUGGCUUACAAGCAGGAACAAUGAAGUUGUAAAUUAAGUACCCAAAAAAGAAAUUAAUCAGUGACUAUCGCUAUUGCCCAAAAGGUAAUUGUAUUUAAACAAAAUAAGGAAAACACUGGCUUCUGUGCCCAUCUUCUUUAGAACUCAGACCUUCCUAUCUGCUUUUUAAUGCAAUUUUAAUUGUUUGAGGGCAACGCUCUAUCCCAGGGGUAUUUUGUCAUGCUUUCCUCAUGAAUACACUUACUCUGUUUUUAAAUUAAAGAUUUCUAUCUCUCUUGGA